AUGACUACCCGCAGCCCAUCUCCUCUGGAAAGCGACAGCCUCUCUAUCAGCUCCAAUGAAGACGUUUCCCCCAUCGAAGACGAUGUCCAGACUGGCCUCCAAGCCCCACCACCUACGCCGGCCUUGUUCCUCACCAAGGUGGCCAAACACCCAAGUGUCAAGGUAUCCAUGAGACGGUCGACAGCUAGAAUGAGCCGGCCGGUGUCAAAGAGGCCUCCGAAACAGCGGAACGCAAAGCUUGGAAUCACGCUCAUCACGGACAUGACAAAGCUGAGGCGGCAAAAUCACUUGGCCAAUCAAGCAAAGUCACCGGCAAGGCGAAACGCAAAGUUUGCCGAUGCAGCUGCUCUAAGAGCCUUGGAGGGAUCUCCUAACCCGCAGUCUGUUGGAAACUGGAACUGGCUGAGGAGAGGGAACAACGGGGAUCGUGAGGCCGCAUCUCCUUCUCCCCUUCGAGCCAACGAGGCCCGUUCUCCCGAACAGCUCUCCCCAGAAGCUAGACCGAUAGUCAUCGGCAUUACUCUGCCUUCCGAUGAGGUUGAAAGCCGAGGAAUUGAUCCGCUCACGGCGACGGUCAACAACAUUGACACUCCGAGCGGGGAUAUGAGAAACCCAUAUCCUUUUAAUUUCCAGACAACCAAUGGCCGGGAAAAUCCUCCCUCAAUCCCUACCCAACUCAAAUCAAUGUGGUCGCCAGAUACCCCUGAUACCGCUAGCUCGUUUAGCACAAUCAGAUAUCCGUCAAGCGUAUACUCGCAGGCAUCUAUGGCGGCAAUCAUUGCGCCUGGAUUGAGAGAUGAUGAAGUCCCCCCUGUUCCUGCUCUUCCUGCCGGUUACAAACAGACAACAUCGACGAUGCCACAGCGCCUCAUCGGCACAGAACAACGUAAGAACAAGGAUGAAGAAGAUGACUCUGGGACACCUUGCACGCUUUUCGAAGAGGACGGAAUCACUCCUUUGAAAUCUCCCGCAAGUAAACUAUCUGCGCGCACUCCUGAUAGUGUGCGUGGCUGGUGGGAUCACCAUUUAGUUACCCCGUUUUUGGACAUGAGAAUGUCUUUUGCGAGCCGAAGAACGCAUAUGGAAUCGCCUUUGGAUCAGAGGGGGCAUCAACUAGCCAGGGGCUCUGAGCGACCGAUCGUGGUCCACAUAGAGAUCAACACUGGCGAGCAGCCGCAGAAGUUUGUGGUAGAUCGUGUCGGGUUGAAUUCUACGCCAGCUAUAAAGAUCCCUACGCCACGACGGACGCCGUCGCCUCGAGGAGAUGUCCUCAAGGUUGGUGUAGCUGCUGAAGCUGCUCGAGGCGCUUUUGGACACCAUGAAGCAGGUUCGCGAGAGAUGGUGCAAGGUUUGGGGAUAACCCAUUUGAGGGCAGAUACUCCGCCUUCGCCUUCAUCUAAGAAGCAGGCUGAAGCUGCUAUCAAGUACCAGGCUGUCUUCCCACCUGGCCAUCAUCUGCAUACCCAGGCUCCCCAGACAGAAGCGUCUCGUAGUGUCACAUCGGCACCGGCACCAGUUGCAUCGGCGAUGACAACUAUACCUGCGGCUUACACUGCCCACACUGCAGCACAUAUCGCAGCACCUAUCGCAGCGUCGACAACAGCUGCACCCACCACGUCGGUAGCAGCAGAGAGGGCAGCACCUCGAAGAUUGGGAAAAGAUGGCAAAAUUGAGCGGAAGAGACUACGGCACGAAAAGGAAGAAAAGAUUGUAAAACGAGCCGGCGGUCUCUGGAGGGGCCGAGGUUGCGUGCCGAAAAAAGGCUGCUUUGGCCGCCUUGGACCAGAGGGCCGCAAGAAGAGAAGAAUCUGGUGUUAUAUCAUCGGAUUCCUCCUGCUUCUCCUCAUAAUCUUGGCAAUUGUUCUGGGUGUCGUCCUUUCCAAGCAUCAUGGAUCAGGCGGCCAAAGCUCGAACCCAGCUCCGGGACAGGCCCAAUCCCCCUCAUCUCCGUCGACCCCAUUAAAGCCUUCUCCGCUACCCUCAUCCAUAUGGGUCAACCUCACUGAUUAUCCCGCCAUGCCUACUGGCGUGUUGACCUUUGUCGGUCCGAACAACACCAUUGCCAGGAGCGACUGCACCGGACCAUCUACCUUGUGGAGCUGCUCCUUGCCCAAAGAUUCCCAGGCGUCUGUGUCACCAUUUAAGCCUAACCAGCCAACUAUUAUUUUCCAGAUCCAGUGGGAUAACAGCACAGACAAGGCGUGGAAUAUUCCCAACGGCGCUCCACCCACUCCCAUUUCUAAGAGAGGCGAGAGCAACAGCAACUCUUCGAUAGACGGAUUCACCCCAGACCCGAGCCCCCCGACGUUUGACGAGAUGUUUUUCCUGGGCGAAACCACGGAUAACAUUCAAUCGAGCCAAAAGGCUGGAGAGCCAACUCCUUUUUUCAUUAGUAUUCUCGAGUCUCUAAAUGAUACGGUCAAGUCGCCAUCUUUGAGCCGAAGGGUCACCGCUGCCUCGGAUAUUGUUAACAUUUCGGAUAUCAUCUUCCCACCAGACUUGAAAGCAGAUGGCACUCCAGCGCCUGCUGUCAUGCUUCCUACCCCAGUUCAACAACCGGUGCGGCUGUUCGACCGCGGCCUACCAACCGAGCACUAUGGGUUUUACACGUACUUUCAACGAACAAUCUUUCUCAAGUCUGUCACUGUUCUCGAUAAGUCGAGUGAAGGAAACGUACCCGCAGAUGAAAACGGGGGCUGCAGCGAAACAGAGGCCAACCACCUUGUGACCUGGGCUGAAACCCGUAUGCUGGUGCAGAUUUGGACACGAAAACUGAAUAGCACAGGUUCACUGCUACCUUCAGAUGGCGAGGGUAUUGAUAACUCGCCCCAGCUGAUCCAACCGGGAACAAUGCCAUAUCCUGUGACAGUAACGCUGGACACCCACGGCGGCGAUCCUAACCACAAAGUGGUGUGGGAGUGGCCCAUGGACGAUCGCCAGAAGCUGAAUACAAGCGCUCCUGAAUUACUUGCCAACAAUAUGGCUGUGGGGGGAACUUGGAUCAACCAUCGUGGUAGCGGCAAUGCCACAUUUGGAGGCUUCGAUGGAGGCACCGGAGGGUGCAAGUGCCAAUGGGCGAAUUGGUCGCCCCUGACUACCCUCGCAAUCGAGACGUCAUGCGACGACACAGCCGUGGCGGUGCUGUCGAAAUCGGCAAAUGGCAAGACGUCGCUUCUGUUCAACGAGCGCAUCUCGUCGGACAAUCGAGCCUUCAAGGGCAUCAACCCGAUGAUUACGGUGGAGGGGCAUAAUUCGACGUUGGCGUUGUUGGUGGAGAGGGCGUUGGGGAGUUUGCCUGAUGAGGAUGAUGGAGAGAAGAUGGCGAGCAAGAAGAAGAAGAAGAAGAUUCCCGACUUUGUCUGCGCCACUCGCGGCCCUGGAAUCAUGCCGAAUCUAUCCGUUGGAUUAAACGUCGCAAAGGGCCUCGCUCUGGCAUGGCAAGCCCCCCUCGUCGGCGUCCAUCACAUGCAAGCACACGCCCUGACGCCGCGUCUCGUCCACGCCCUACAAGACACAAAGCACAAGGACCAUGUCGAGAGCAUCACGGCUUCAACUCCAAGCCCGUCCUUCCCCUUCCUCUCCCUCCUCGUCUCCGGCGGCCACACCCAACUCAUCCUCUCGUCCAGCCUCACCGCCCACCAAAUCCUCGCCACCACCGCCGACGUCGCCAUCGGCAACCUCCUCGACCAGACCGCCCGCGUGAUCCUCCCGCCUGCCAUCCUGCGGUCCAGCCCAGACGUCAGUUACGGCCGCGUCAUGGAGGCGUUUGCUUUUCCUCCCGGACAAGACACGGUUGCAGACUAUGAAGCGUUUUUCAAGCCGGCGCUGUCGAGGCAGGAGGAGAUUGAACAUGUGGCCUCGGGGUAUGGAUGGGCGAUUGCGCUGCCGUUUCGGAAUUCGAGGAAGCUUGCGUAUUCGUUUUCGAGUAUCUAUACGCAGGUUCACAGUAUUGUUGCUGCUAUUGAAGCCAGCCAUGACGUGGACAAAAUCUCGCUCGACCAACGCCGCGCCCUCGCCCGCCACACCCUGCGCGCCUCCUUCCAACACCUCGUCAGCCGCCUCAUCCUCGCCCUCCAAGACCACCCUUCUCUGCGGCAAUCUGCAUCUGCAUCUGCAUCUACAUCCUCAACCAUAGACACGCUCGUCGUCGCCGGUGGCGUCGCCAGCAACCGCUUCCUGAUGCACGUCUUGCGCACGACGCUCGCCGCGCGCGGGUUCCCGCACAUGCAAAUCGUCGCGCCGCCGCCGGCGCUGUGCACCGACAACGCCGCCAUGAUUGCCUGGGCCGGCAUGGAGAUGUUCGAGGCUGGGUACAGGUCCGAGCUGUCGGUGCGGCCGAUUGCGCGGUGGCCCAUGGAUCCGGCGGUUGGCGGCGGGAUGCUGGGCGUUGGAGGGUGGAUAAAGGAGGGAGAAGAAAAGGAGGAUUGAAAGAUGG